AGCCCAGGAACCUCCCCCCACCCCCGGCACCUGGCUCUCUGCUCUGGGAGGGGGGGAAGUGGGGUCAGGGGCGUCAAAGUAGGGAGCCCUGAGAGCCAGGACACCUGGGUCCUCUCUCAGUCAUGUGGGGGGGCUGCAGGGAGCCCUGACGCCUGGGUUCUCCCCCUGAUCCAGGAGCGGGGCUGGGGGCCCGGAUGCCCGGGUCCUCUCCCUGCUCCGGGAGGGUGCUGGCAGCUCGGACGCUCGGGUCCUCUGCCAACACUGGGGCUGUGGGAGGUGGUGGCACCCAGGCCUUCUCCAGCUCAGGGGGGUUCCAGGGGUCUCUUACCUGGCCCCAUCCUGGUCCCUUGUGCUUGCCGGGAGCUGGUCUGGGAGGGGGUCAAGGGGGUUUAGAUGCACGUGGCCUGGCCCUGGGGGGAGAUCUCCAGGGGGUUAAUCAUUAACCCUCCCCCAGGGCCUGGCCCAGGGCCAGGAGGAACCAGGGAGCAGGAAGCAGUGACUGGGGAAAGCACCCGCCGGGGCGGGAGGCUGGGGGCCAGUCAGGGAUCCCAGGUGUCCUGGCUCUGCCCAAAGCCCUCCCGAGCUGGAGGGAACAGGCAUCCAGACACCGCCCCCCCCCCACCGGGAACACAGGACCCCGCAGAGGACCCAGGCAUCCAGAGCAUGCGCACGCACACAGAUGAGCACCCCCGGGGACACACCCAUAUGCAUGCACUACCCUGGUGUCUGGGACAGAUGCCCCCCCAGGUGUCCAGGACACAUAUGCACAUGUGCACAGCCCAGGUAUCACCCCGCAGCAGGAGGCAGCUCGAAAGGCCGUCACCCUCCCCUGGCCCACGGCACCAGCACCGCCAACGCACGGCCCUGCACCUGGUCCCCAGCCACUGCUCCACCAACGCUGAGGGCGACGUGACGGAGCUGUGGUGGGCGCCGGCGCUGGGGCAGGGCCACGGCCUGGAGCUGAGCGGCUCCAUCGUCACUGUGCGCCAGGCGGGCCUCUACCUCGUCUACAGUCAGGUGCUGUUCCACGACCCCACGUUCACCAUGGGGCAGGUGCUCUGGCGUUUGCCCCCUGGGGGCCAGGGCCCGGGACAGAUCCUGCUGCGCUGCGUCCAGAGCAUGCCCGGGCAGCGGGAGCAGGCCUACAACAGCUGCUAUAGCGGAGGUGCUUUCCACCUGCAGCGGGGGGAGGGGCUGCGCCUGGCCGGGCCCCGGGCCAACGCCUCCCUGGACCUCACCCCCCACGGCACCUUCCUGGGCCUGGUGCGGCUCUAGAGGGACCCGGGCGCCCGGGCAGCGCCCCGCAAAAGGGAGCCCAGGCGUCGCCGAGAGAGAUGGUGGGACCCAGGCAUCCAGAGCCGGCCGCCACCAGCGGGAAGGGACCCAGGCGUCCGGGUGGUGGCACCGAGACGGGGAAGGCCCCAGGUGUCCGGGACGCCGCAUGGACACGUGGGGAAAAAGGACCCAGAUGCCUGGGGCAGGUGGGCGCAGGAGGCGUUGCGACCACCCGGGCACGCCGGCGAGCACCGAUUCCUCCCCGUAGCAACAAGGGCAUCACUCCCGAAAUUUC